GAAGCUUCCCGGGCAAGUGUUGACGCGCAGCGCUACAGCCUAAGGAGAGCUUGCUUGCUUGGUUGCUACUACUGGACCUUGAAGAAGGCUGAACAACUACCUGGAAUAACUCCUCCACAACAACAUAUCGACUCUUCCUCCACUACAAAUCAAAUCAUCGUCAAUAUGGAGGUGCUUUUGGGAAUCACUGGAAAGGACUUCACUAUCAUUGCAGCAUCCAAGGCUGCGAUGCGGGGCGCCACCAUCCUCAAGGCAUCCGAUGACAAGACCAGAGCUCUCAACAAGCACACACUUCUCGCAUUCUCUGGAGAGGCCGGCGACACAGUGCAAUUCGCCGAAUACAUUCAACGAAAUGCCCAGCUCUACUCGAUGCGAAACGAGUCCGAUCUGUCUCCCUCUGGCCUGGCUCACUUUGUUCGUGGAGAGCUAGCCACUAGUCUGCGAUCUCGAAAGCCCUACAAUGUCAACCUUCUCAUGGGUGGUGUUGACCCCAUCACUGGCAAGCCCUCGCUCUACUGGCUCGACUAUCUAGCGUCGCUAGCAGAUGUUCCUUAUGCUGCGCAUGGAUACGCACAAUACUACUGCCUGUCUAUCCUCGAUAAGCACCAUCACCCCGAUAUCACGCUCCACCAGGGCAUCAAGAUCCUGACAAUGUGCACCGACGAACUGAAGCGCCGAUUACCGAUCGACUUCAAGGGUAUGGUAGUGAAGGCGGUCAAGGCCGAUGGGAUUGUCGACAUAGAGUUUGAUGAUGACAAGGUUGUCAAAAGUGCUUGAGACCAGCGACAGACUGAAAGAAGCAUGACUUUGUACUACUAGAUGGGUAUUAGAGGCUAAUACUUGCAUCAUGAAGGUUUCCCAGCUUCGUCCGGACGAUCUGUUCAGAAGCCGGGUCAGCGUGAAUCGAGGGCCGUUUCGUUACAGCAGGGCUCAGUCUAUCUCAGGCCACCUAUCUCGGCAUGAAUGCUACGUAUCAAUCGUGUCUCCAGCAACUCUCCAGUGGUUCAGGCAUCUCUACUGCUAGCAAUACCUACCUCCAACACUCGAAGGUCAGCCAGAGUGUGAUUAGAUUGCCUUUGAUCCUUCCA